CUCGACCUCGGCUUCGAGCGAGCGACCUCGUCGGCCUCUCUGUCGUGCAAGAAUUGAAGUGCGUCGCUGCUACGUUGCCAAUUGCCGAAUCGACUGACAUCUCCGGACAGAAGCAGCAGCUAGUCGGGGAAUGGAAGCUGAAGGAGAAGGCGUGUGCAGCCAGAGGUCAACGUGACGGGAGGGAGGGAGUCGUUGCUGCUGGAAAUGGAGAGGACGACGAGGAAGAAGUGACGGACAUGGAAAUAGGAGAAGAGGGGUGAUUCAGACGCAGUUAUGGAUAUUGGGGGAGGAUCCGGAGAAUCCGAUCGCCGCUUAUUCAUGGAUCCGACGUCCAGGCCGGCCGUCGUCAUCGACAAUGGCACAGGGUACACGAAAAUGGGUUUCGCAGGAAAUGUGGAACCGUGUUUUAUUAUACCUACAGUGGUCGCCGUAAAUGAGUCAUUUCUUGGUCAGGCGUCGGCUCCGACAGGCAAAGGUGGAUGGGGUGGUUCCGCUCUCCACAGUGCUGGUGUUAUGGCUGAUCUCGAUUUUUUUAUAGGCGACGAGGCAUUGGCUAGAAAGGAUGCAAACGCCUACACCCUCAGUUACCCUAUACGCCAUGGCCAGGUGGAAAACUGGGAUACCAUGGAAAGGUUUUGGCAGCAAUGUAUUUUCAAUUACCUUCGCUGCGACCCGGAAGAUCACUACUUUUUGCUAACUGAGAGCCCUCUCACUGCACCUGAAACUCGCGAGUACACAGGAGAGAUCAUGUUUGAAACUUUCAAUGUGCCUGGUCUGUAUAUUGCAGUACAAGCAGUGUUGGCUCUGGCUGCUGGUUAUACGACAUCGAAGUGUGAAAUGACAGGCGUUGUCGUCGAUGCGGGUGACGGAAUGACACAUGUGGUGCCUGUAGCAGAUGGCUAUGUUAUUGGGAGCAGUAUCAAGUCAGUACCUAUAGCCGGAAGGGAUCUGAAUAUUUUCAUACAGCAGUUGAUGCGAGAAAGAGGAGAGCCUGUACCACCGGAAGAUUCUUUGGACAUCUCGAGGAAAAUUAAGGAGAUGUAUUGCUACACCUGUGCCGACAUUGUCAAGGAGUUUGGCAAACAUGACAAAGAACCAUCCAAAUAUAUUAAGCAAUGGACCGGAAAGAAUAGCAAGACAGGGACUCCUUACAAGUGUGACAUUGGCUAUGAGAGAUUCUUAGCACCUGAGGUAUUUUUUUCUCCGGAGAUUUACAGCAGUGACUUCACAGUCCCGCUCCCUGAAAUUGUGGAUAAAUGCAUACAAACUUCACCCAUAGACACUCGGCGAGCUCUUUAUAAGAAUAUCGUACUUUCCGGCGGCUCAACUAUGUUCAAGGAUUUCCAGAGAAGAUUACAACGAGAUAUCAAGAAGAUAGUUGAUACUAGGUUGACUGCUUCGGAAUUUCGAAAUGGUGGAGGUCACAAGGCACAGGCUGUGGACGUUAAUGUUGUGGGUCACCACAUGCAACGCUUUGCUGUUUGGUUUGGAGGCUCUGUUCUUGCAUCUACACCGGAUUUUUAUAAGGCAUGCCAUACUAAAGCAGAGUAUGAGGAGUACGGGUCAAGCAUUUGCCGAACCAAUCCCGUCUUCAAGGGCAUGUAUUAAUAUUUUAUUUUGGAAUAGAAUGCAAUGUUGCACUUUUAACGUGCGUCUAUUGUAGCAGAAUGUGCAACCUUGCAUUCUCUUCCUGGAGCUCUUCAUUUGAGCAGUUGAGUAACGAGUUUUGCCACCUAGUCUUUGUUACGGAUACCAGGAAAUUCUGCGAGAACCCAUUACCACUGAGAGGUCGAUGUAUCACCGGUGCCUGGACGCUUUAUGGAGGCACAUCAAAAUUUGCCUAAUUGCCAACAUGUAUUUACAGCAUGAGGAACAUAAGAAUGCGCACCGAGUUUUCACGUCGUGAAGCAGUUGCAUCUUGUUUUUUCCCUUUUAGGACUAAAUCCUCAAGUGACAAGAUUGAAGCACACCUUCUGAAAUGCAUUUGGCGUAUUUAUGAAGACAUCGAAUCCUUCAUGUUAUUCUGCUACAUUGAAGCUAAGAGU